UAUGUUGUAUAUGUAAAUCCUAGAUGUGAAAAUAGGCAUAAUUCAUCCUAAAAGGGUAUAAAGAAUAGAUAGGCGGAAAUCCAAUAUCUAUUCAAAAAAAAAAAAGAACAAUGGCCAAUUAGAUCGAAAUAAUGAAUCAUAAAUGGAGUUCGGGUUCGAAUUCUAUAGAUAAUAGAAUCUAAUACGGAUGGUUUUUCUAUAAUGAUAGAGAAAUGAAAGAGACUUACUCGUGAUUUCAUGUACUUAAUAUUUCUUUUGAAAAAAAGAAGGAUUGGCUGAACUUGAAAAUUGACUCAUUGAAUGAGUAAUUGAAUGAGUAAACGAUUGAAUCGUAUUCGGUUGGGUGGUACCAACUAAAUCAAGUGCUAACUCCCAUUUAUUUCUUAUUGAAUUAACCGAUCAACUUGCUAUCGCGACAUUUAUUUUCGACUUGGCAUGGCACUAUUCAAAAAAACUUUCGACAUACUUUACUUUAAUUAUAAUUAUGAGAAUCAAUCCUACCCCUUCUAGUCCUGCGGUUUCCACACUUGAAGAACAAAACCUAGGGCGUAUCGCUCAAAUUAUUGGCCCAGUACUGGAUGUUGUUUUUCCUCCGGGCAAGAUGCCUAAUAUUUAUAACGCUUUGGUAGUUAAGGGUCGAGAUACUAUUGGUCAGCAAAUUAAUGUGACUUGUGAGGUACAACAAUUAUUAGGAAAUAAUCGAGUUAGAGCUGUAGCUAUGAGUGCUACAGAUGGACUGAUGAGAGGAAUGGAAGUGAUUGACACGGGAGCUCCUCUAAGCGUUCCAGUCGGUGGAGCUACCCUCGGACGAAUUUUCAACGUUCUUGGGGAGCCUGUUGAUAAUUUAGGUCCUGUAGAUACUAGCACAACAUCUCCUAUUCAUAGACCUGCACCUGCCUUUAUACAGUUAGAGACGAAAUUAUCAAUCUUUGAAACAGGAAUUAAAGUAGUGGAUCUUUUAGCUCCUUAUCGCCGUGGAGGAAAAAUCGGACUAUUUGGAGGAGCUGGAGUAGGUAAAACAGUACUCAUCAUGGAAUUGAUCAACAACAUUGCCAAAGCUCAUGGAGGCGUAUCUGUAUUUGGCGGAGUAGGCGAACGUACUCGUGAAGGAAAUGAUCUUUACAUGGAAAUGAAAGAAUCCGGAGUAAUUAAUGAAAAAAAUAUUGCAGAAUCAAAAGUAGCUCUAGUCUACGGUCAAAUGAAUGAACCGCCGGGAGCUCGUAUGAGAGUUGGUUUGACUGCCCUAACUAUGGCGGAAUAUUUCCGGGAUGUUAAUGAACAAGACGUACUUCUAUUCAUCGACAAUAUCUUUCGUUUCGUCCAAGCAGGAUCAGAAGUAUCCGCCUUAUUGGGGAGAAUGCCUUCUGCAGUGGGUUAUCAACCUACCCUUAGUACAGAAAUGGGUUCUUUGCAAGAAAGAAUUACUUCUACCAAAGAGGGAUCUAUAACUUCGAUCCAAGCCGUUUAUGUACCUGCGGACGAUUUGACCGACCCUGCUCCUGCCACGACAUUUGCACAUUUAGAUGCUACUACCGUAUUAUCGAGAGGAUUAGCUGCCAAAGGUAUUUAUCCAGCAGUGGAUCCUUUAGAUUCAACGUCAACUAUGUUACAACCUCGGAUCGUUGGCGAGGAACAUUAUGAAACUGCGCAAAGAGUUAAGCAAACUUCACAACGUUACAAAGAACUUCAGGACAUUAUAGCUAUUCUUGGGUUGGACGAAUUAUCCGAAGAAGAUCGUUUAACUGUAGCAAGAGCACGAAAAAUCGAGCGUUUCUUAUCACAACCCUUCUUCGUGGCAGAAGUAUUUACUGGUUCUCCAGGAAAAUAUGUUGGUCUUGCAGAAACAAUUAGGGGGUUUCAACUGAUCCUUUCCGGAGAAUUAGACAGUCUUCCCGAGCAGGCCUUUUAUUUAGUAGGUAACAUCGAUGAAGCUACCGCGAAAGCUAUGAACUUAGAAGAGGAGAGCAAAUUGAAGAAAUGACCUUAAAUCUUUGUGUACUGACUCCUAAUCGAAUUAUUUGGGACUCAGAAGUGAAAGAAAUAAUUUUAUCUACUAAUAGUGGCCAAAUUGGCGUAUUACCAAACCACGCCCCUAUUGCCACGGCUGUAGAUAUAGGUCUUUUGAGAAUACGCCUCAACAACGACCAAUGGUUAACGGUGGCUCUGAUGGGUGGUUUCGCUAGAAUAGGUAAUAAUGAAAUCACCAUUUUAGGAAAUGAUGCGGAAAUAAGUACUGACAUUGAUCCGCAAGAAGCUCAACAAGCUCUUGAAAUAGCUGAAGCUAACUUGAGUAGAGCUGAGGGUAAGAGACAAGCAAUUGAAGCGAAUCUAGCUCUCAGACGAGCUAGGACACGAGUAGAGGCUGUCAAUGUUAUUUCCUACUAGUCAAGUCAAUACAUCAAAAUAAUAAAGAGAAGUUUUUAAAAA